AUGGACGAACGCAUCUGGAUGAUGAACCGGCAGGGCAAGGUGCCCAUCGCGGCGUCAUGCCAGGGGCACGAAGCGGCGGAAUUGGGUUCUCUGCUGGCGGCGCAGAAGGACGGCGACUGUUUCCUCUUCCCGUAUUACCGGGAUCUGGCCGUCAAGAUGGCGGCCGGUCUCACGCCGCGCCAGGUGAUGCUGUCCUUCAUGGGCAAAGAGGGUGAGCCCUACUCGGGAGCGCGACAAUUCCCGCUGCAGGGUGCGGACCUGCCCCGAAACAUCAUCCAGAUAUCCAACGUCGUCGCCGCCGGAUUGACCCAGAGCGUCGGCUACGCGCUGGCGUGCAAGAUGAUGGGCGAAGACACGGUAACCAUUUGCUACUUCGGCGACGGGGCCUCCAGCCAGGGCGAGACCCAUGAGGCGAUGAACUUCGCGUCCAUCCACCGGGUGCCGGUGAUCUUCAUCUGCGAGAACAACAAGUACGCCAUAUCGACGCCGAUGGAUUCGCAGAUGGCAAUCAGCGAUGUGGCGGCCCGGGCCGAAGGCUACGGUUUCCCUGGUUUCGUAAUCGACGGGCUGGACCUCGUCGCCUGUUACGAGGCGACCCGAGAGGGGAUAGCCCACGCUCGCAGCGUCGGACCGGUGUUGGUGGAGAUGAAGGUGGAGCGGUUCAUGCCCCACACCACCGACGACGACGACCGCCGCUACCGGGACCGUGACGCCCUUGACGCCGCGCGGCAGUUUGACCCGGUCGCCGUUUUCCCAUCCCAGAUGGUGGAACGUGGCAUACUGACCCAGGAACAACUGGACGGGUUCCGCGCCGACGCCCAGCAGCAGGUCAACGACGCCACCGACUUCGCCGAUGCUGCCCAGCCCCCGACGCAUCUACGAUCUACGAUCACCUGUACGUGUAACAACCUGCAAUGA